AUGGAAACAGACAAAUUUUACAUUACACGUUGUUCGCUGUCUUUCAAAAUGUCUUUCUUCUUUCUUUUCAGUUCGAAGCCAACGUUUACAAAAUUAACACCAAUGACAGAGGAAUACCUGCAAAGGGAUCAAUAUAAUGAAGAUUAUGCCACAAUGUUUUACGCGAGGUCUUCAACGGAUCGAACCUCGCAGAAAAACCAUAUCGACCCCAAUGAACCGGCCGAGUUGCCCGUACUUCCGGCCAAAGAGGAACAUCCAUUGGUGCAGCGAUACGCUCAUAUUACGUUUUUAGAUGCAAAUGGCGGUCAGGAUGAUGAAUCAACUGAUUCUAUGCCAAUGGAAAGCGCAAGAAGAGACCUUGCCGAUGAGCAACGCAGCAUCAUCAGCGGCGACAUGCCAGGCAUCAAAUCAGCCAAGGCAGCACUAACUGUCCAUCGACGCGCAGAGUCUUCUUGUUCACCACUGAUUCUCUCUAUCUGUUAUUUUCAUUUCAUUCCACAAAGGUUGGCGUGUCUCCUUCUCUUUCUCAGCGUUACCCAGUAA